GUGGGGCAAUUCCUCCAUCCACCAUAGUGCGUAGGACUGACGACAACCCCGCGAAUAAUCUCCAAGCUCGGUCCGGCAAAUGAAGAUACUGUACUGCAAGCUUUUGAAUAGUUACAGCAGUUCUUGUCUCCCUUGACAGGCUUUGAGGUACUGGAUUGGGAAUAUUGGCGUCAUCCUCGUUGCGAAUCCUGUUAGCUGCUACACGACCUUCGACGCCUCCCAUUACGGCAAUUUUUUCCGACAAAAGUGAUGAGCUCUGGUUCUGACGUUGCCAGUGCCAGGGAGAGAGCCCGCGGACUGGACAGGGAUGACGAGCUGGCGUUUACCCGUCGCGAGUUCAACAUCCCGACCAAGGCGCAGAUAGCGAGUACCCGCCUGCCCGAUUCAGAUUCGACAACACCUGGGUCGAAUGAUGAUGCGGAGAGCAGAUGUAUCUACCUCUGCGGCAACUCCCUAGGCCUCCAGCCCAAGCGGACUCAAACCCGCAUCAACCAGUAUCUCGCAACAUGGGCUGCCCAGGGUGUUCAGGGGCACUUCAAGCCCCUUGAGGGGUCACCCCUUCCGACUUGGGUCGAUGCCGACGAACGGGCGGCCCAGCUCAUUGCUCCGAUCGUAGGCGCCUCGAGGGCGGAGGUGGCUGUCAUGCAGACAUUGACGGCCAACCUCCACCUUCUCAUGUCUGCCUUCUACCGCCCGGAUCUCAACGGCAGGCACAAGAUCAUCCUCGAGAGCAAAGCAUUCCCCAGCGACCAUUUCGCUGUCGAGACUCAACUCCGCCACCAUGGGCUCGACCCGGCCACCUCCAUGAUAACCCUCACCUCGCCGACAUCCCCGGAAGACAACAUCCUCACGACCGCCGAGGUCCUCUCCGCCAUCACCACCCACGCCUCCACCACGGCCUUACUCCUCCUCCCCGGAAUCCAGUACUACACAGGGCAGCUCCUCGACAUCCCCACCAUCACGUCGCACGCGCACAAGCACGGCAUCUUCGUGAUCUGGGACCUCGCCCACGCCGUCGGCAACGUGCCCCUCUCCCUCCACGACUGGGACGUCGACGCGGCCGCCUGGUGCAGCUACAAGUACCUCAACGGCGGGCCCGGCUGCAUCGGCGGCAUGUUUGUGCACGAGCGCCACAGCGCCGUCACGCGGCAGAUCACCGACGACAGGCCCGAGGAGGGCUACACGAACCGGCUGGCCGGCUGGUGGGGCAACGACAAGGCAACGCGGUUUGCCAUGGCGACCAAGUUCCACCCCGUCAAGGGCGCCGCCGGGUUUCAGUUGAGUAACCCGAGCAUUCUGGACAUCACCAGCCUGUCGGCGUCGUUGGAGGUGUUUGAGCUUGCGGGCGGGGUGGGGAGGUUGAGGGAGAAGUCCGUGCGACUGACGAGGUUCUUGGAGGAGAUACUCAACGGUAUGGCGGAGGAUGUGGGAGGGUUGUUUAGGGUCAUUACCCCGAGCGAUCCCCAGCAGAGGGGAGCGCAGCUGAGUUUGAAGCUGCAAGGUGGGUUGUUGAAUACCGUGAUGCGGGAAUUGGAGAGGAGAGCGGUGAUUGUGGAUGAGCGGAAGCCGGAUGUCAUCCGGGUUGCGCCGGCUCCGUUGUAUAACACGUUUGGGGACUGCGUCGCGUUUGUUGAAGCGUUCGGCGAGGCGCUAGCGAUUGCACAGAAAGAGAAGCUUGGUUCGAGCUGAGACUAAGCUUGACGGGGCCUGUCCUGCAUGUAGGUUACAUGCAACGUGGUUUUAGAACAGAACAUAGACGGGCAAUACAACAUGUAAGAGUACAUUAGACCUGACAAGUGGUCGUCGCUAUUCGGGAGCUUGUCCAUAUGCAUUAGAUAACACCCUAUGAUAUCCGC